CAGCAUCAGGAGCAAUUCUAUCAUUUUAGCAGCAAAGAAAUCGUAUUAAUUUUUAAACAAAUCCUUUAUUCACACACAAACAUUCUGAGAUGGAAUUUAUUGACGAUAUUUUUAUUAUGCAACUGUAUAGAUUUUUGCAUUUCCAACAAAAUUUCCUCUCACACAUCAUACUCAACACUGAACUCGGGAUCUUCAAUGUCGUCAUCAUCAUCAGUGAGUGCAUUCGAGCCAGACUUUGUAAUACCAUUGGAAAAUGUGACGGUGGCGCAAGGACGUGAUGCCACAUUUACCUGUGUGGUCAAUAAUUUGGGUGGUCAUAGGGUGAGUGGAGAUUCUGGAACACCAGCCAAGGUGGCCUGGAUUAAAGCUGAUGCAAAGGCCAUUUUGGCCAUACACGAACAUGUUAUUACAAAUAAUGAUCGUCUAUCGGUUACACACAACGACUACAAUACAUGGACCCUCAACAUACGUAACGUGAAGAUGGAAGAUUCCGGCAAAUACAUGUGUCAGGUCAAUACAGAUCCCAUGAAAAUGCAAACAGCAGUUUUAGAAGUUGUCAUACCACCAGACAUUAUCAAUGAGGAGACAUCGGGUGAUAUGAUGGUACCCGAAGGUGGUUCAGCGAAAUUAGUAUGUCGAGCCCGGGGACAUCCAAAGCCCAGAAUAACAUGGCGCAGAGAAGAUGGCAGAGAAAUUAUAGCACGUAAUGGAGCGCAUCAGAAAACAAAAGCUUUAGCUGUAGAAGGUGAAAUGCUAACAUUGUCAAAGGUCACGCGAUCUGAAAUGGGUGCCUACAUGUGUAUCGCCUCAAAUGGAGUGCCACCAUCCGUCAGUAAACGUAUGAAGCUACAGGUGCAUUUUCAUCCUUUGGUACAAGUUCCAAAUCAAUUGGUGGGUGCUCCCGUCCUGACAGAUGUCACUUUAAUUUGCAAUGUGGAAGCAUCACCAAAAGCCAUCAAUUAUUGGCAAAGGGAAAAUGGUGAAAUGAUUAUCGCUGGUGAUCGUUAUGUUUUAACAGAAAAAGAAGUCAAUAUGUAUGCCAUUGAAAUGGUUUUACACAUAAGACGUUUGCAGACAAGUGAUUUUGGCGGUUACAAAUGUAUUUCGAAGAAUAGUAUUGGUGAUACAGAGGGUACAAUACGUUUAUAUGAAAUGGAACGGCCGGGCAAGAAAAUCUUAAGAGAAGAGGACAUGAAUGAAGUAACGAAAAACGAAAUUGUACUCAAAGAGAAUCGUCACGAAGACAGUGCUCGCAAUCAAAAUGGACGCUUGUAUAAAGAGCGCGGCUCGGAUGCCAAUCUCUAUAACAAUAACAGUACAGGGAAUAGAACGAUAAAACCACCAUCAAUUACAAUAUUAAUAACAUUAUUAUUGAUGUCAAUAUUAUUAUUGGCCUCGACACGAACACUCAACGACAACAGUUACAAUUACAAUAAUCAUCAGCAGCAGCUACAACAGCAACAAUACCAGUAUAAUAAUCAACAUAAUCGCAUCGAUGACAGACUACUAAAACUAUUAAAAUUUGACAUAAACGGAUUAUAGCUCAAUUAAAAUGUAAUUAAUCAUAAUUAGUGAAAACAACACAGAAAAACCAC